AUGUCUAGACCUCUUCGCAUCGCCAUCCUCGAGUGCGACACGCCCAUUCAACCUGUCGUGGACAAGUUCGGCAACUAUGGAGCGAUCUUCGAGCGACUCCUUACGAACGCUGCGGGGUCUACAGUGAACAUGGAAAUCAGCAAGUGGAAUGUAGUGGGGAACCCGAUCUAUCCGAAUCCGAAUGAAGUGGAUGCUUUCCUUCUCUCUGGAAGCAAACACGAUGCCUUUGCCGAUGAUUGCUGGAUCCUUACGUUGACGGAAUACGUAAAGGAUGUUGUCCAGGCGCACAAGAAGCCUGUCGUCGGAGUUUGUUUCGGUCAUCAAAUCCUUGCUCGGGCGCUGGGUGCUCGUGUAGGACGUGGCGAGGGGUGGGAAGUUUCCGUUGAUGAGAUCACGCUGACCGAUACCGGGAAGGAGGUUUUCGGCAAGGAUAAGUUGUUCCUGCACCAAAUGCACCGUGAUCUCGUUUUCGAGACUCCGGAAGGCUGCGUGAACCUGGGAUUCAGUGGUCCCUGCGCUGUCCAGGGCUUAUACAUGCCGAAGCGGUUGAUCAGUAUCCAGGCUCAUCCCGAGUUUAAUGAGUUCAUCAUGACUCAGGUCUUAAAAGCCCGGCAUGACAGUGGAGUGUUUAACGAUCAGAUAUAUGAGGAUGGAAGCUCAAGAGCGGCGAAAGAGCAUGAUGGCGAGUUACUUGCGCGGAGGUUUAUUCAGUUUAUUGUUGAGUCGGUCGAAUAA